AACACGAUAAACUUGUAUUACGGUCAUUCUUUAGUAGUAAAGCAGGGAAGGAGUCGAGAGAUUGUUCUUCUUGAUGAUUGUAAACAAAUCAACAAAACAAUAAAAUAAAAGUGCUUAGCAAAAGCUGAUUUUUAUCAUAAUCAAUAGUGGCAUUAAUGUGAGCAAACAUGAACAUAAUAUACACACUCUUAGUGUGUGUUCUGGCACUCCACGUCGAAUCACAACAUCUUCAAGGAAAUCACGAUAGAAGAGGUUUCAAUGCUCAAAACCAUGACCAUCGAGCUAUAACCUUUCCAACAGAAAGCCCUUAUGACAAAUAUAUUCAGGAUUUAUUAAAUAACAGAAAGACUACAAAACCUCCACCAACUGGCAAUAAUAUAAACAAUGUUCCAACCAAUGAAAUUCCACAAACAAAUCAUGAUGAUAAGUUAAACGGAAUACCACCUAAUGACGAUUCGUCACCAUUUGCUCUUAACCCAAUAAGAGUAGUGAGUGUAGGUAAAACGGAAGUGGAGCAAUUGAACAAUGUAACGUAUGCUAUCACGACUUUUGGAAUUAAUUUGAUGAAGGCCGUGACGAACUUGCAAGCUGGUAACAUUAUAGUCUCUCCGACAUCUGUCGCAACUGUUUUGGCACUGCUACAGCAAGGGACCUUCGGCGAUGCGCAGGAACAAAUCACAAGGUUGUUGCAAAUGGCCCCGGAACUCACAGCGCCUACAUAUAGGAGACUCACCUAUGAUAUGAAAAAACGAAACUCAAGAAAUAUCCUGACCGUAUCAAAUAACUUAUUCAUAGGUGAUGGUUUCGAAAUUAAUCUAGACUUCAAAGAUAGUGCUAUCCAAGAUUUUGGAAGUGAAGUGACACAAAUGGACUUUUCAAGACCUGCUUGGGCAGUUAACCAAAUCAAUAAAUGGGUUGCAAUACAAACUCAUAACAGAAUCGAAAACCUGCUGCCACCUAACGCAGUGGGCCUCAACACUCAGUUGGUAAUAGCUAAUGCAGUCUACUUCAAAGGUCUCUGGGAGACGAAAUUCAAAAAAGAAGCAACAAAGAAUUUGACAUUCCAUUUGAGUAAUGAAGAAACUAAAUCUGUUCCUUUCAUGCGUAUGCGCCAUGCCCUGAAAUUCGGUAUUGAACAGGAUACUAGGGCUCGCGUGGUCGUUCUGCCUUUUGAGCGACACCAAUACUCGUUAAUUUUGAUACUGCCACAUCUGUUGUCUGAUGUAGACACUGUUUUGGGUUCACUGACUAACUCCAAGCUUCGCGAUUAUCACAACUUUGAAGAAAUCGAGACACAAUUGGAAAUACCGAAGUUUACAAUCAAAUCGGAUACCAAUUUGAUUCCAGUUUUAAAGUCUAUGGGAAUAACAGGAAUAUUUUCGCCGCAAACAGACCUCACCCGUAUCGGUACUUUCCGGACCUAUUCUCCAGAAAUCACCAGUGCUAUACACACAGGUUUUCUGUCUGUGGACGAACAAGGACUUUCAGCAUCUGCUGCAACGGGAUUCACGGCAGUGGCCUUAUCUUACGACGAUCCAUCGGCUACUUUCCGCGCCAACAGACCUUUCUUAGCUGUACUUUGGGAUACCCAGUUUGCUAUACCAUUGUUCGUUGCAAGGAUUGAGGAUCCGUCUCUGUAAUUUUAUGUUUUGUAUACUUACUUUAUUAAUUAGUUAUUAAAAUUAUUUAAUAGUUACCUUUGAUACGUAUUAGAUUUUUUGUUGUUAAUAACUUUGGGCUUAGUAUCAAUUUUAUAUUGCAAUAGUUCAAAAUAAAGAUGGAUUAAUCUUGGUAGACGAAGAAACGA